AUGUUCAAAUCGAUUAUCUUCGUGACGCUGUUUGUGGGCGUGUGCUUUGCUGGUUUGAUCCACCAUCACGAUGAUGACGAUGUGUCGGAAACGGAGCAUCAUCACAACAUCGAACAUAAGCAUGCGACGUCGCAUCAGAGCUUCAAGUUCCAUCACUUCCAUGCCGUCCCGGUGUACGUCAAGAAGGAGGACCAACAGUUCCUGAAGCAUCCGGUGGAAAUUUCAGGUCUCAAGCAUAACUUGAAGAUCGUUCACCCUGAAACCGAACAGCACCAUGGGCAUGGACUCACGCUGGAGAACCACAGCGAGUUCGAGAGCAAACUGCACGGUGGACACGGAUACGAUCUGGGACACGCCGGUACGGAACAUAUUGGACAGGAGCACUCGUACGGAGGCCAUGAGUACGAGCAGCACCAGUUCGGACACGAGCUGGAUGAGCACGAAGAGUAAAGGUCCUCAAACCUUUUUAAAAAGAACGUUGCGCGGUUAUUACGCAUCGCAUGUGUAAAAUGUGAUAUAGUCAUUUAAUGUUUAAAUCACCCC